CCGCCGCGGGCUCCGCGUCUCCGCCGGCGCGUCCGGGAGCGAGCGGACAGCGAGCCCCGCGGGACUGGGAGCACUCUGGCCGACCCCGGGUGGUUUUUAAGGAACCGUUUCUCCUUAAAAUGGAAAACGAUACACUGUACGAAGAGGAGAAACGGAGCGUCUGCACCCUGCCCUUAGUAGGAACGACGUUCGGCCCAGGCGCCGAGACGAGCGGCGAGUAACUAGGUGCUCCCUUUGUAACGACCCCCGGGCGUUUGGAGGGGGCUUUUCUCGGCGCCGCCUCGCUCCUGACCUGAAUUUCCUUCGUAGUAACCUGCGAGGGGCGGAGCACGCUCGUGACUCCGUUUUCCCAAAAAGGGUUGAAAACGAGCUUUGCAUUUAUGAGUGUACGAUGAAAAAACAUCGGGUCAGAAGUUGAGAUUUCCACUAUCGAGAAACAACGGAAAGAGCUGCAGCUGCUUAUUGGAGAAUUAAAAGAUCGUGAUAAAGAGCUCAAUGAUAUGGUUACAGUACAUCAGAGACAACUUCUUUCAUGGGAAGAGGAUCGGCAGAAAGUGUUGACUUUGGAAGAACGUUGCAGCAAGUUAGAGGGUCAGAAAUAUAUAAGCAGUAUCUGUUACACACUUCUAUAUGCCAGCCUAUUCAAAGGACUCAUGGGUGAACUACAUAAAAGAACUGAAAUAAUCAGGUCCCUCACAAAGAAGGUAAAAACUCUUGAAUCGAAUCAAAUUGAAUGCCAGGCGGUUCUUCAGAAGACUCAGCUACAGCUUCAGGAAAUGGCUCAAAAGGCAACCCAUUCCUCUCUCCUCUCUGAAGACCUCGAGGCUAGAAACGAAAAUCUCAGCAACACAUUAGUGGAACUUUCUGCCCAAGUAGGACAAUUACAAGCUCGAGAACAGGCUCUCACUACAAUGAUAAAGCUAAAGGACAAAGAUAUUAUUGAGGCCGUCAACCACAUUGCAGACUGCUCGGGAAAAUUUAAACUAUUAGAGCAUGCCUUGCGUGAUGCGAAGAUGGUGGAGACGUGUAUCGUGAAAGAAAAGCAAGAUUACAAGCAGAAAUUGAAGACACUUAAAGUUGAAGUCAAUAAACUGAAAGAGGAUCUAAAUGAAAAGACAACAGAAAAUAAUGAACAGCGGGAAGAGAUCAUUCGCCUCAAGCAAGAGAAAAGUUGCCUGCAUGAUGAACUGGUUUUUACUGCAGAGAGAGAAAAAAGGAAAGAUGAGUUACUUGAUAUUGCAAAGUCAAAGCAAGAGCGCACAAACGCAGAACUCCAUAAUCUGAGACAGAUUUAUGUAAAACAACAGAGUGAUCUGCAGUUUCUUAAUUUUAAUGUGGAAAAUUCUCAGGAAUUAAUACAGAUAUAUGACUCAAAGAUGGAGGAAUCAAAGGUUCUGGAGUCCAGCAGAGACAUGUGUUUGUCAGACCUUGAGAAUCACCGCCCGAAAGUCGACAUCAAGAGGGAGAAAAAUCAGAGGUCAUUGGUUAAAGAUGCAAAAUUUGAGACCACGUUCCUGCAAAAUCGGUCAGACAGGAGCCCCUGUGAUGUGUGCAAAGAGAAGAGGCGACAGGGUAAUCCUUCGUUUGGGGAAAAAAGUGUAUUUGCUAUCUCAUCUCUGUUUACAAAAGACUUACUGGAGAAGCAAAAGUCUUGGUCUCUGGGAGGAAAAAUGCAGAUCGAACCGGAAAACCAAAGUAGAUUGUGCAAGAUCCACGCCAAGUCACCAAAAGGUAAUGGGAUCGGGAUUCAGAAUGAAGAGAAACAACUCUCCGACACAUCCACGUCAUCUGAUGAGAGACAGUGGCAUGAUGUCAACGUGUACCUGGGCCUCGCCAGCUGCUCCGGUUCCAGACAACCAGAAAAGCCGGAUGUUGAAAGUCAAGAUGACAUAGAAAGGUCUGGAGUCUCCUGUUGCCAUAAAAAUGAGACCUGUCUGGGGGAGAGUAACAUGUAUGAAUCCAAAUGCUGCCACCCGAGUAACUUCAUCAUUGAAGCCCCAGGCCCCAUGUCUGACAUGGAGUGGAUGAGCAUUUUCAAGCCUUCUAAAGUGCAAAGGAUUGUUCGCCACAAAUCUGUGUGUACUUGUUCAGAAAGUGCCGGUGGGAGGAAGUACAACGCCGCCACGAGUGAGCUAAUUGCCAUCCAGCAUUCCCACUGUUCGGGUUCUUCAAAAUCUGCUCCUAGAGAGGAUGAGAAAUUGAUAGAGACAGAGCCCUCUUCAGAUGCAAAGAACUCACCUAAGAUUUUGUUAUUCAACAAAGAGGCACCAUCGUCCAGUGACAAGGAUGACUUUUCACCCACAAGUAAGCUUCAGCGUUUGCUGGCAGAGUCUCGCCAGAUGGUUACAGACCUGGAGCUGAGUACUCUGCUCCCCAUCAGCUCUGAGAAUCUCAGCAGCAGUGCCAGAAACAACUUAGAAGUCGCAGAAGAGUCAGCUCAGAAAAAUACCUUUCUUAGUAAUUGAAGAACACAAAAGUCAACUUCACUGUUCAUUGUGGUCAUAGAAGCCAAUUUCUCAUCUUUGGAAGGCAGGAAGCAGACAUCAAUACCUAAUACUUAACCUUGAAAACAAAAAGGGGAUUGUAGUCCUUUGUAAACAACAUUUAAUACCAAAGGGAAGCAGAAACUGAAAGCUAAUUUUUUAACAUCUAUAUUUUGUUUGUUUUCAAGUUGACUGUUUUCAUGAUGAGGACAUUUUUUUUUUUUAAUGUGUAAGAAAUUAGACCUUACUGUGUAUUCUCUAUAUACAAACGUGGAAUUCUGCUCAGAGAGAAAAGGACUUUUCUGUAAAGAUGCAGACUACGGUUAAAUACCGGAGAAGCUCUUUAAAAGUGUGGACAUCAAAUAGAGAACCCCUGCAUGUAAAAUGCUGUUUUAACUAUCUGCUUUUAAAAAAAAACCUGUGCAUACAUUUAAAUUAUAACUGACAGCUUAUCAGAGUCAGCUGCAAAUCUAUGAGAAGUAGUAUUCUCUUCACUGGUGGCUUUACCCCUGGAUUUUGCUGUGUAGAAUAGACAUAAAAUGAUAUAUGAUACAAAAUAUUUUUAACUGGAAAGUAUCUCCUCACUUACUGACAAUUGAGGUCCUUCUGUCCCAAAGCUGAACAGAGCCCCAUCUCAUCUGGGUCUGUAGUAGGUCCCAUCUACUUACACAAACAAAAGCUUAUUGGAAGAUCAGGUUUUAUAUGCAUUCUUUUUAUCAUUAGAGACUAAAACGCUUCCCUUUUAACUUAUAAUUUAAUUUUUUAAAAAAAUAUACUGUGUGCAUUUCUGUCCCUUGUAAGAGAA